CUAAUUGUCAUUUAUAAGCAAGACGCGAAGCAGUCAAGAAGUAAUUUAAGUAGAAGAUGAACGAUCAAGUUGAAGAUAUUCUCGUUAAACUGGGAGAGGAUGCGGAAAAGACGAAGAACUGUCUUAAGUUACUCGAAGAGUGGAUGCAGAAAACGGAUUACAUGCCUAAAAAUUAUGAUGGAAGAAUAUUACUUCCGUAUCUGAGGAGUUGCAAGUAUAAUUUGGAGAAGACUAAGAGGAAAUUGGAGAAUUACUUUAUAACGAAAGCGACUUUACCGGACUUAUUUUUAAACCCGAACGUUAACAGGGAUUCCGUGGAUAAGGUCGAAAGCGUCAUAAACAUUGGAACGACAAAUUCUUUGACCCCGGACGGUUUCAGGAUCUCCUUCGUCAGAUUCAACAGCAAUCGACCGGUCGAUUAUAAUUUCGAAGAUAUUGCCAGGUAUUUGCUAUUCUUUGUGCAAUUGGAUCACAUCAAGGGAAUAGCACGUCUGGGCGAUAUAUUGGUUUUCGAUGUGAUCAAUUUCGUGCCCGGUUUCAUCCCGAUGAUAUUCCACAACUUUCUAAAGCCGCUGAUAAAGUUAGCCGAAGACGGUUUACCGACGAACAUCGAAACUGUGCUUAUCAUUAAUGGUAGCACAGUCGUAGCCAAGAUCAUUAACACGUUGAAGAAUUUUGUCAAGGAGAAAAACAAACAUCGGGUGCACGUGCACACGUCGCACACGCCUCUCCUGGACCUCUUCCCGUCGGAUAUGAUCCCAUCGAAUUACGAGGGAACGUGCGGCAAGAGUCUGGAGGAGAUGUUCGACGAAAUCAAGACGGAAAUAAACUCGCACGCCGACUACAUAAAAUCACAGGAGGAAGUCCGGUGCAGCAGCAUCCCCAAGAAGUACGCGUCCGUUUCGUUGGCCGGGGAGGAAAUGGUGCAAGGGAGCUUCCGAAAGUUGGAAAUUGAUUAAACACACAAAACCUGAAUAGUGCAGCUGGCAUUCUCUCAAUGGUUACUUUGAUCUUAAUAUAGUUGUUGUUGUUGUUGUUAUUAUUGUUGCAGUUGUUCUCUUAUUAUUAUUAUUAUGUAUAAUAAUUAUUAUUACUUUUGUUUUUUUUUUAAUCAAUAAUCACAGACCGAAUAAAUCAUAUCAACGAAUCAUUUACAAAUAUGGCUCUAAACAAAACAUAAACAAAAAUAUACAUAACUAAUAUCUCAUAUCAUUAUACCUUUGCAAAUUACAUAUAAAACAAACAAAAAAAACAAA